GUAUAAAAUUGCGAUCUGACAUGUUUUUGCAACCAGUGAGUCGCCCCCUGUAGACUGGAACCACUUCCAUAAUGGCUUCAUUUUUCGGACGCGGAGAGCUCUUCGUGUUUUCAAUUUAUUAAAGUUAAUUCUAACAUUCCCGUCGCUUAAAAUGUCGUGCUCGGCGUUCGGUUGUUAUAAAAGACAAAGUAAGGACUCGGGUGUUAGUUUUUUCCGAUUUCCUUUUCGGGAUCAUGACAGGUUGUCGCGAUGGUCCAUCAACGUGAGGCGACUGAAUUGGACCCCAACUACAUCGUCUCGGCUGUGCAGUAUGCAUUUCGAGGAGGAUCAGUUCUUCACGGACAAUGCGGGCAAGAGGAGGCUGAAGGACAACGCUAUCCCCACCAUUUUUGACUUUCCACCACAUUUGAUGAUAAAGAAAAGCCUUCCCAGGACAACAGGGAACAAACGGUGGGCAGAAGACAGCUCAGUCCCUACUUCUGUCCCUUCUUCUGUCCCUUCAGUCCCCUCACCCAGCACACCUGUCCAGCCUCAGGGGACGGACGGACCUGAUCUACAUUUGUGCUCUGUGUUGGCUAUAAAAGUGGAAAUCCCCGAUCCAGAAUUAGAGAGUCCUGUCGUUCCAGAAGAAGAGAUUCCUGCCAAUCCUUACUCACUUACUCGUGCUACUGAUCACAGAUAUGCUCUUGCGAUGAAAGAGCCUAGUGAGACCAGUGCUGCUGACAGUGACCUCCAAGCUGGAACUAAUGAGGCUAAUAUGCAUGUUGAUGAUAACGAGGUCACCUCUGAUGAUGAAACUGAAGGCUCAACGAGCACAGACCCCAAAUUACUGAUGCGUGAUCAUGACUAUUUCACCAAAAAGCAGCCGAUGUCCCCGGGCACUGCUAGCCGCAUCGCUGAGAUGGAGACUCAACAGAUUAACACUACGCUCAGGCUGCAAGUCAGCUCACUACAGGCGAAGCUUGUUGCCGCUCGCAAAAAGAUAAAGAUGAAGAGUCAGCUCGCGAGGAGAAUGCAAGUAAGACUUAAAUCCUUGAAAACUCUCACAAGGGCGCUUCAAAAAAAGUUGGACCAGAAUGAAAAACAGUUGAAAAGGCUGUUGGGUGAUGUUGAUUUCACACCACCGCGCAACAAGCGUCCUGACAAAAGCCUCCCUGCAGGAGCGUCACCCUCCAAAAAGAACAAAUCAAACACGAAUCAAACAGAGCUGCCGACCGUAAGUUGGGCAUUUAUAAAUUGGCAGGAACCGCUUUAAACUCCUACCUCCAUGUUUGUAACUGCCUUCCCCUCUUUAGCAACUGUUACUCAGAGAUUCAGCAAUGUUGGCAUUACGGAAGCAAAAGAGACAGUCGGGCAAAUUAAGAAUGCACCUUUCUGGUUUAUAUGUUCCUGGGUUUAAAAAAUUGUUUUUGAAAUUGGCUGUAAUGCCAGUGAUCUUGUCGUUCUCGUUAACAAAUAAGAUGACGGAAAUGUUUUAGCUUAAACUCUUCAGGGAAGUUUCAGCAGUCAGGAAGGAAGUGAAAGCUAGUUUUACUGGAGGCCGAAUAUAAAAAAGAGGGAUUAAAUAUCUCGUCUGGGGGAUGAAAUAUUUGCCUGUUAAAACUGGGAAAAAAUAUCUUAGAAAAUAUUGAACAUAGGCUGAAAAAGAUAGGCAGAUAUAGGUUUUACCUAUCUUUUUAAAGGCACAUCCUGGUUAAAAACAACCUUGUGUCUUGUGUGUUGAGGAAUUCUCAAGUUCUCUGUUUAAUUUUACUGGACAGCACAGAUAGCCAUGGUGGACUGGCUUUCUCUAUUUUUCAUAGACGCCCUGUUGGACGAUCCUCAUAGUUUCUAUCAAU